CAACAUUUUUGGCAAAUCAAUAAACACAUUCGCUGAGAGCGAACGCGCUGCGCAAAAGUGAAAAUCCAAUCAACGAACGCAUAGAAAAAGCUAAAGCAAAACACAAGACACACAAAUCGUACGCCAACACACGCCACAUUCCCCAACGUAAUCCUCACCAGCUGCUCGCCUGCCUCUGCCUCCGCCUCUGCCAUGCGCCGACGCCAAUGCCGCUAAAGUCAAUCCUAUAGAAAUUCACUCAAGAUGAGAGUCGAACUGCUGCUUGCCAUUUGUGCGCUGUGCGCCUGCCUCUCGCUGUGCGUCGCCUGCUCCUCGCGUGCCAUAAGCAAGCCUCGACCGGAGGCGAUGGCCACAACGCCACCGGCGCCGGACAAUGUCAUUGCGCUGAGCACGACGGCGCGGCCGAACAUCACAUUUCCCAUAUUCAGCUGCCCGCCAACAUAUGCCGCCUGGUACUGCCUGAACGAUGCCACCUGCUUCACCGUGGAGAUUCACAACGAGAUUCUGUACAAUUGCGAAUGCGCGUUGGGCUUUAUGGGACCGCGUUGCGAGUAUAAGGAGAUCGAUGGCUCCUAUUUGCCGACACGGAAUCGCGUCAUGCUGGAGAAGGCGAGCAUUGUCAGCGGCGCUACGCUGGCGGUCAUCUUUAUGGCCAUGUGCUGUGUGGUGCUCUACUUGCGGCACGAAAAGCAGGCCAAGCAAAAGCUGCACGGCGGCAGCGGCAACGAUGUGGCCGACAUGGGCUUCGAGAAUGCCGGCGUCGACGAGGUGGACGGUCUCAAGCCAUUGCGCAUAGCGCGUCGUCCGUUUGGGCCGCAUCACAGCCGGAUUGCUACCUUGGAGCAGGCCUAUCGCCAGUCGGCUGCGAGCCACGAGAGAGCCAGGCAUUAGCCCUAAAAUUAACCAGCGACUGUCGUUCAAAACUGUUUAACUGUUUUCCAUUUUAUUUAACUGUUUUUCUUUUCAAUUUUAAUGCUUUAUUUUUAUUUUUUAUUAUUUUUUGUAAACGACUCGAGCGAAUUGUAGUAUUAAGUGCCUUCCGAUUUGCAGCUGAGGAAAUAAGUAUUAUUAACUGAACGCUGAAUUAAUGCAAUGCAAUUUUGGCAGCUAGCCGCCCAUUUAAAACAACUAAUUUAAUUAAUUAUUUAUUUAACAAAUGACGCCGCGUUAACAACGUUUAAUAAAUGCGUGCCAAGCAAUUAAAA